GAGACCGUUACACUCGCUCUCAGACUGUUCAAUGGCGUGGCAUACACUUUGAGCACGCAUGAGACAAAAGAGAUUAGUUUCUCCCUGGAUUGGAUCAAAUCAUCAGAGGCUCGCGCACGACAUGAAACACUAGGUGUGCUGGUUCAUGAGGUCAUGCAUUGCUAUCGGUACAAUACAAAAGAGACAUGUCCAGGGUGUCUUAUCGAGGGUAUUGCUACUAUAUUGCAGGUGCUUCAUGCUGGUUUUGCACUACCACACUGGAGACCUAGAGCUGAGGAGAAGUAG